AUGUCCGGGAAGGAGCGCAGCCCCCGCCAUCGGCCAUGGUCCGUCUACCGGGCCAACACAUUUGAUCUCUCAGCUGAGAUGAUGGGGUUGGCAUUGUCAGGCAACAGUCAGGAUCCAGAUGAGCCUGUGCUAGAGUUCAGUGUGGCCUGCAGUGAGCUGGUUACUCCCACAUUAGAGCGUAAGCCAACCAGCUUUGUGGCUGUCAGCUGCACCACUCCGCCACAGGCCUUCUGGACCAAGCAUGCUCAAACUGAAAUCAUAGAGGGGACCAGUAACCCUAUCUUCCUGAGCAGUAUAGCAUUCUUUCAGGACUCUCUGAUCACCCAGCAGACUCAGGUCAAGCUUUCUGUUUACGAUGUGAAGGACCGUUCCCAAGGCACGAUGUACAUGCUUGGUUCAGCCAUGUUUUCUGUGAAAGAGCUGCUGCAGGACAAACACCACAGACUGCACCUGACUCUCAGGUCAGCAGAGAAUGAGCGCGUGGGGAACAUCACUGUCAUUGCCUGGCAGAUAGAGGAGAAGCGUGAGCAGAGAGCUCCUGUUGCAAGAUUACAGAGAGGAGACACCGUUAAUGGAAGGAUGGUUCUACCUGUUGAUGAAAGUCUCACUGAAUCCACGAGCAUCAAAUCCAAGUCUUCAUCUCUGUGUAAAGACCCACUGCUGAAGGCUGUGUUUGGCGGCGUCAUGUCACGGACAUAUCGUUUUCCCACCACGGAUGGCAACCACCUGCGGGUCCUGGAGCAGAUGGCAGAGAGCGGGCUUUCCCUGCACAUCCCUCGACAGUUUGUCAAACUGCUGCUGGAGGAAGACGCUGUCAGGGUAUGCGAGCUGGAGGAGCUGGGCGAGCUGUCUCCAUGUUGGGAGAACCUCAGGAGGCAGAUCAUCACUCAGUACCAGACCAUCAUCCUCACCUACCAGGAGACCAUCAGUGACCUGCAUGAAUACAAAGGUCCCUCAUUUAAGUCAAGUACAUUGAAAGCCGAGAGGAAGUUGGAAUUUAUUCCUACUAACCUGCAUAUCCAGAGGAUGAGAGUACAGGGAGAAUCUGGCUAUGACCGGACAUAUGAUGUUGUGACUAUUGGCGCUCCUGCAGCACACCAUCAAGGCUUUAAAGGCUGUGGCCUCCGAAAACUGCUGCACAAGCUCGAAGAAGCCAGAAAACACACUUAUGAGGAGGAGAGCUCUGCUGGCUCUGGACCUAAAGGAAUGGUGUACCAGCCUCAGGAUGUCAUUAAAGCGAAGGAGCUAAUUGGUCAAAUCAACACUCUGAAGACACAAGUGUGUUACUACACAGAGCGUCUGUCCCGAGCUGCCAAGGAUCGCUCAGCUAAUGCUCUGGAGAGAACGCUGGCCAUCCUUACAGAGAAAACUCGCCAGUUGGUGACAGUGUGCGAUUCCAAGCUGCUGUCCUCAGCCAUCCUCGCCCUGGCAGCCGCCCGCCCAGAGUUCACUCAGCAAGGCACCCCGUCCCCAUCCUCCACCUCCCUCUCACCAUCCUCUCGCUCCCCAUCCCGCUCACCCUCACGUCAUCAGACCUCCCCAUCUCGUGCUGCCACCUCGCCCUCUCGCUAUGCAACUCCUCCAGAGGGCAGCGAGGCGAGCAGAAGCAAGCGCGCCUCCUUGCAGGCAGAUAUGCACGAGGAGGAGUGGGAGAAGGUCUGGCUAAAUGUUGAUAAGAGCCUUGAGUGUGUGAUCCAGAGGGUGGACAGGCUGCUGCAGCGAGACAAACUCCAGAGUGACAGCAGCUCUGAGGACGUCUUCCUGCUCGCCAACGAGGACCCUAAAAACACGAAGAAAGACACCAGUCCAGAAGUAGAGAAGACAUCCCCAGGUGAGUGGAGCGAUGCUCUGUACCCUCUUCUCACCACACUCACGGACUGUGCGACCCUGAUGAGUGAUAAAGCCAAGAAGGCCAUGGUGUUUCUGCUGAUGCAGGACAGCGCCCCCACCAUCGCCAUGAGCCUCACCCUGCAGUACCGCCGCGACGUUGUCUUCUGCCAGACACUGACGGCUCUGAUCUGUGGCUUCACUCUCAAGCUGAGGAACUGUCUCUGUGACCCAGGCUUCCUCAGGCAGCUACACACCAUUGGCUUACUGGUGCAAUAUGAAGGCCUCCUCAGCACCUACGGUGAGGAGCUGGCCAUGCUGGAGGACAUGAGUGUCGGAGUGAUGGACCUGAGAAAUGUCACCUUUAAAGUUACCCAAGCAACGUCAGGUUUUGGCCCGGACAUGCUGCCAGUGAUCACAGGAAACAGGAACGGUUUUAACGUCAGGGUUCCGAUGCCUGGGGUGAUGUUUGACACGCUGCCACGGGAGAUCCAGAAUGGGAUGCUGCUGCGUGUGCAGCCGGUCCUGUUUAAUGUGGGGAUCAACGAACAGCAAACGCUGGCUGAGAAAUUUGGAGACACGUCGUUGCAGGAAGUGAUCAACAUGGAGAGCUUGACUCGCCUCAGCUCGUACUACGACCUGUUUAAAGAGGUCCUGCCAGAAGACUGCCUGCCUCGCACCCGCAGUACCACUAGUCUGCCUGAGCUGUUCAAGCUGCUGAGCCAGAAUGUGAACGCCAAGAAAAACAAGAACGUGGAGAUUUUGUGGCAUGCAGCCGAGAUAUGUCGCCGGAUGAAUGGAGUGCGUUUUACCAGCUGUAAGAGUGCCAAAGACCGCACAGCCAUGUCUCUGACCCUGGAACAAUGUCAGAUCCUGCAGCAGGAGCAUGCCCUCGCUCCACAGGUCUUCUACCAAGCCCUGGACUGUAUGCGCAGCGAGGGCUGCAGGAGAGAGAACACCAUGAAGAACGUGGGAUGUCGUAAAUACGCCUUUAACGCCCUCCAACUCAAGGCCUUCCCCAAACAAUAUCGCCCUCCAGAGGGGACUUACGGGAAGGUUGAGACCUAA